AUGAUUACUGAUCCCAGGGCUGACCACGAAUCUCUCACAAAAGUGUCUUAUGUUAACCUGCAAACCACUCGUCUGUGUAACACAGACUGUCCUCUGCAUUCUGUGAACAUUGUCAUCCCAUGCAACAACAAGGGAGCUCACUCAUUGGGGCUGGUGUGGGGGACGCUGGCCCAGGGCAUUCUGCACAUGCGUAGCACCAUCUCCUGUAAACACCCGUGGCACGUCAUGCCUGAUCUCUACUUCUCCAGAGAUGCUGAAGACAUUAAAAAGGAAGACCAGGCCACUAUUGAAAAGGCUAUGACCAAGGACGACUUUCAGGGUGAAUGGAUUGCACCAGCUCCUGAAUUGACUGCUACUCAACUCAAGGUACCCUCUCUGCCUAUCCAGCAAUUCCCUACUGAAGACUGA